CGUCAGUGUUGAACUAAAAGGUCCACGUUUAUACGAUAAAUAAUGAAUCGGGAUUCACAUCGUUUUGUCUCAACGCGGCCGGUCGACCGGUCGUUCCUCAGUGCUAAGAUAUAAAGGAACGACAAUAUAUGUAUAUCAUUGUUUCCCAUCAUAACUAGCCGUUGUUGGCUGUGGGUCUUACCUGCAUCAUAACGACUCAAACUUCUUGCUACACUUUUGUUUCGAAUCGGCGGCACCAAACUGGUGCACCGCGAGAUGACCCUACAAACGUAAAUAAGAGCGGAGUCUCAUCGAAGCUCUAAUUUCGAAAGCUGGUUAGCAAAUCAUUGACAAGCUUUUUUCCAGCCACCUUCGCGUCUCAAAGGUUGGACAGUCGUAAACUUGAAGUGUCUGUUUUUAUUGUGAUACUGAUUUUAUGAUGACUGACCCAGGCGCGAGCUGCAAUAAAGGCCACCACCAUCAUCAUCACGCAUAUCAUGACCAUACACUGGAUCACCCGUCAGAUGUGGACAGGAUCUACAUGGACUACAAUGCUACCACCCCUUGCGAACCUGAGGUGGUCCAGGCCAUCUCCGAUGCGCUUCUGGAGGCGUGGGGGAACCCUAGUAGCGGCUACGCUGCCGGUGUAAAAGCCAAGCAGGUGAUCAACCAGGCCAGAGAGGAUGUUGCCCGCAUGGUGGGCGGCAGCACAGAGGACAUCAUCUUCACCUCAGGAGGAACAGAGGCCAACAGCCUGGUGUUCCACACGGCUGUGGAGCACUUCAACAGGAGCUGCAGGGAGGAGGAGCUGUCUGUGGGGGGGAGACGGCUCCUCAACGGGGCCCCAGACGUCCCCCACAUCAUCACCUCCAGCGUGGAGCACGACUCGGUGACCCUGACCGCCAACCACCUGCAGAAGGAGGGCAGGGCAGAUGUGACGUUUGUGCCAGUCUCCAAGGUGACGGCCCAGGUGGAGGUGGAGGCUGUCAUGGCCGCCGUGCGUCCCUCCACCUGCCUCAUCUCCGUCAUGAUGGCCAACAACGAGACGGGGGUCCUGAUGCCAAUCAAAGAGCUUGGUCAGAAGGUACGCGCCCUCAACAAGCAACGGCACCAGUAUCCCAGAAUACUUCUUCACACGGACGCAGCCCAGACUAUAGGAAAGGUGCCUGUGGACGCCCGCGACCUGGAAGUGGAUUAUCUCACCAUCGUGGGUCACAAGGAGGGCUGGUGUCUGUUGCAGUUCUACGGUCCCCGGAUUGGAGCCCUGUAUGUGAACGGCCCCGGGAGCUCCGCCCCGCUGUACCCCCUGCUGUUUGGAGGAGGCCAGGAGAGAAGCUUCAGACCUGGAACUGAGAACACAGCAAUGAUCGCUGGCCUGGGAAAGGCUGCAGAGCUGGUGAACACCAACCUGCCUGGAUACAGCAGCCACAUGCUCAGCACCAGACUCUACCUGGAGCAGAGACUCAAGGCUGUGUUUGGGGAGAGCAAGCUCCAUUUCAACAGCCUCUUCCCCGGCUCCGAGUGUCUUCCCAACACGUGUAACGUUUCCAUCCUGGGCCCCGGAUUGGAGGGUAGGAAGGUGUUAUCCAGCUGUAAGAGGCUGCUCGCCAGUGUGGGAGCUGCCUGUCACACAAACAGAGGAGACAGGCCCUCCCACAUCCUGCUGAGCUGUGGCGUUCCUCCGGAGGUGGCUUCCAACGCCGUGCGCCUGAGCGUGGGCAGAAACACGUCGAGGGAGGAGGUGGAGCAGGCGGUGCAGGACCUGAGGGCUGCCGUGACAACGCUGGAGCUGGCCUCCAUGUUGGGAUGACGACGUCACCGUCACACGUGCUGUAAAUAGGAGAUGAGGAGCACUUGUUUUGCUGCCCUGUUGGUGGUUACGGGUCUGAUCCAUGGGUUACUGUGCUGGGGUGAUGCUAAUCACUCAUGCCCAAGUAUCUGCCAGUAUUUCCAAUAGUAAUGGAGCCAUACUGUAUAUACAGUAGUUACAUACCUAGACAUUGUGUGUGUUAAAUAAAGCAAGGUCACAGUGCAGGGCAUCUGCACUUCCAUGAAUACAAUUACAAGAAAGCAUUUAUCUAACACUUUUUUGAGAGUUUUUAUAAACUAAAGUGCAUACAAAGGUGCACUUUGCACAAUGGAUGUGAGUGAAUCAAUUAUUGAAACGUAAAUAUUUUGAAAUGAAUGACAUUCCUCUGUGAAGGAUGUUGAGAUGUGUGUGCUUCCUGACGCCUGCUCAGGAGGACAUGGUAGUCAUGACGGGUGCAAACAGCCAGGCUGCUACCUGACUGAUGUGGGCGGAGGGGUGGUGGUACAGAGCGCUCGUUACCUGCAUCCUCACGGCCUCUGAGUCACCCAGGACGGGUCACUGAGGACUUUAGACAGAAGGAAACAUGUUGAUCUGAUCUACUGUAAUAAAACCUAGUGGCAUUUCC